AAUUUAUCUUAAAGACAUAAAAAAUUUUUAUUUAAUUUUCAGAUAUUCGGAACGAAAGAAAAUCUGGAGGUUUUGUGUCAAUGCAAAAAAAUAUAUUUGGAUGGCACAUUCAAAAUGGCACCGAAACUCUUUUGCCAGCUUUACACCAUUCAUGGCUCAUUCAUGGGAAAAAUAUUCCCAUUAGUCUAUAGCCUAUUGCCUGACAAGUCGAAACAUACUUACUUACGUUUGUUUCAACAUGUCAGCAAUAUCGCUUGGUAUAAUGGGUAUAUUUUUAACCCAGAAUGUGCCAUGAUGGAUUUUGAAGCUGGCGCAAUGAACGCUCUGCAGGAAGUCAUCCCAUGGAUUGUCAUUAAAGGUUGUUACUUCCACUUCUCACAAUCGAUCUGGAGGAAGGUUCAAGCGUUAGGUCUGGUAUCCGAUUACAUAAACUGCGAAGAUACAAGGCGGUGGAUUCGGCGGUUAUCAGUCCUUCCUGUCCACCAGAUCGGGGAUGCCUUCCUGGCGAUCACAAGAGAUGCCCCAACAAGCCACCAAAUCAAUAAUUUCACAGCAUACAUGAAAACGAUAGAUGCUGGUUCUCAGUUUAGUCCGUAAGUCACACAGCAAAUCGUAGCAGUGAUACA